AUGAAACUGACAUCCCCAAAGCGGAAGCAAGGAGCUAAGCUGCUUAGGUCUUUGUCAGGCAUGGCCGCCUUAGCCGUCGAACACCUGGAGUUUGAGGACAUAGCAAGUGAAGAUGGGGUUCGGAACAUCAUGAGCAGGCUGAAGGAAUUUUUCCUUCCACAUCUCGAGGUGAGUUUACCUCGAGCUUUCGAGGCUGCUGUUUACGGCAAGCCUCGACAGUCGGCAGAAUCCUUUCCUGAGUACAUCGCCAGAAUGGAGCGAGCAUUCCAUCGAUUGAGCAAGGAAGGGGUAGAGCUGCUGGAAGGUGCAAGUGGGUACAUCAUGUACCGCCAGGCUUCGCUAAGUGAAGCGCACGAGCAACGCCUCCUGACUUGGUGCGAUGGGCACUAUGACAAAUCGUCGAUAGUGAAAGCAUUGAGGAAGCUGGACAAGGUCGUGAAAGACAAGAACGCGAAAAGAGAGGACUAUGUGUUCGUGGCCGAAGGCGAUUUGGACGCGGUUUAUUCCGAGUCCGAGAUGCUGGAAGCUCUAGCGAGCUACAAAGAAGUGAGGGAAGCUUUGAGGAAUCAGCGGAACGGUCGAGGCUACUAUGGCCGCGACCACUUCAAAGGAAAAGACGACCUCACUCGCGCUUCGGUGAAGAACAUGUCGGGCUUGGUGGAGCGAGUGGGCAGGCUGCUGACCUCGAGAGAGGAAGAAAAGGUGAAAGACGUCAAGAUGAAAAGCUACGCCAGGAAACCAAAGAUGGCAGUGAGGAACUGGCGAGUGCUGUUGGACAAGCUGUUCACUCUCCUGGCCUUCGUGGAACGGCAGCAGCUCAUCCAAGAAUGGCUACCCGAGUUGCACUCUCUUUCGGGGCCAUCUAUGCUGCAGUCAAAGGAGGAAGACAGUUUGGAAGCCUGCUAUCAGAAGAUCAUCAUCAAUGCCAAGGUUUUGCACCCCUUGAAGUCAAAAGAAGCUCCGACGGUCUCCAUGAGCACCUGCGUACACCCCAAGGCGCAGUUGAAGGGCGGAGGGAACAAGAGCGCUUCUUACAUCUAUUGCAAGAUGUGCCACUGCAGAUGGGAAUCUCCGUUGACGGCGGCAGACAUCAAAGAAGACUUGAAGAAGGGAAAGAAGGGCCUCUUGAGUCAAAAGAUGGAAGAAGCCAGGACGGAACAGGAAGUGAAAGUCCCCGCCAAGGAGAAGGAAGUGUCGGAGAAAGAACAAGCAGAGAUGUGGCAAGAACUGCGACGGCAGCGAGUCGACUUGCAGGAGAAAGAAGUCCACAUCGAAGCGAUGAUGAGGGCAUUGAAGACCCAGAAGCACGAGCUCCAGGAGAUGAUUCAGAAGGGAGUGAUUCAAGGAGCCGAAGCACCAGCGAAGAAGACCCAAGGGAAGCUUCCGGAGGAGGAGACACCUCAAUGCCUGUGCAACGAAAUGGCCGUGAAGGCCUCUCGAGUAGACGAGAGGACCCUGGAAGAGAAGUUCUUCUGGGUGUGCAAGUGGGGCAAUUGCGACUUCUUUCAGAGGGAGCCCAUGAAGGCAAUCAAGGACAAAGCCCCAAGCGAGAUGAGCUUCCAGAUGCUGGGAAGCACAGCCUCGAGCAGCCAUCGAGGAAGGAGGAGCAAAAGUCCAAGGCUGGAGAAGAGGACCAACAGAGGAGAAACGAUCCCAGUACCAGACAGCGACUAG